AUGAUCAAAGAAGGGAAGAUGGAGCAGUAUAUUGUUCUCGACUUCACUGAUAAACCGCCACAGAAAUCCCGUCCAGAGUUUCAGGGCCACCUCUACCACAUUUUCUUUUCUGAAAACUACCGAAAGGUUGAAGUGAUCGAUGCCUCAGAUCUAAGCAAAGUCGACUCAUUUGUUUUGAUGGAAAAUGCAAAUCCCAUUGAAUGA